UGCCUAUUAGUGGCUCCUAAAGUUACUCGGCUAAAAAGUUGUGUCAGUGAUUUGUUUUUUCAAUUCUUACGCCUGUUCUUUAAGCAGGUACCAGGUCAUUAUGCCUUUUCUUAAUGUCUUAUUACAUUAUUUUAAUGACAUGCUAGGUUUCUGCUUUGUUUGAGUCAACAUUUGUCUUUUAUUAGCUAUAGCAAGCUAAGGUUAGGAUAACGUUUCUGUCUCGUCAAACGAAGCCAUUAAAGUUUUAGGUAAGGCGGCUAGUUAGCUAACAGUUUAAGCUGGGCAGGCCGUGUAAUGAGUUCUCGACGGGAGCAAGGUGCACACUCACUUAGACUGGAGGCCGUGAUUCAGAAGUUGGAGGAGUCACUGCUUCACUCUGAUGGCAGCUCAGGAGAGCUGAAUCUAACACUUAGAGGUGAUGGACAGGAGUCCGGUGUCAUGCCUAUACCUGUCUCCACACGCAUUCGCCAGAUCAUCACCCACAACCUGGCGCAGCAGCCAGCUGGUGAGAGCUCUGAGGUCAGUGAGCUGGAGGAGAGCACGGCCCUGAGGGAGCAGCUGUCUCCAAGCCAGUUGGACCGUGACCAGCAGCUAGUCAAACAGGCUAGUCUCACAGACAGGCUUGAUCAGAUGCUGGCGCUGCAUUCAGCGGUGGACUCCGAUCAGGACAGUUUAUCACCAGGAUCCUUGCAAUUGCAGAACAGGGAGAGAGCUUACAGACAAAGGCUGCAGGCCUACCAGGAGGCCCAGCAGAGACAAGCCCAGCUUGUUCAGAAGCUGCAGAGCAAGGUUCUUCAGUACAAGAAGAGGUGUGGGGAACUAGAAGAGCUAGUGCUAGAGAAGACCUCAGAGACUGAGAAAAUGAGAUUGUUGCUGCAGACCCAUCUGGACUCAGCCCAGCGUCAGCAGCGCACAGAGCAGGAUCUCAGCAUGGCUGUCCAAAAGAAGUCUGUUCAGCUGGAGGAGGAACAGAAAAGGUGUGCCAGCCUCAGCCAAGUGAACUCAGUGCUGCGAGAACAACUGGAACAGGCAGGGACUGUCAACCAGGGGCUAACAGAGAGCUUGCAGAAGGCCCGCGAAGAUGCUGAGUUGUGUGAUAACCGUCUGCGCAAAGAACAAGAGACAUGUGCCUCCCGGUUAAGUCGUGAACAGGCUCGUAUCAGAGCACUGUGGCGCCAGGCCGUCUCCCUCCGGAACACUUUCACCCAGCUAAGGACUUUCACUGACAGGACUCUGUCUGAUAUGCACGGGGAGUGCAUUGCUGUCAGCCGACAGCUUCAUGUUGCCUGCAUGAAUUUAGAAGCUGAUGUAACACAGGAGGGCACCUCUUGUGGUGUGGAGAAGUCAGCGCUGGAGAGGCAGCUGAAGGACAAGCUCAAAGAGGCCAUGCAGCUUCAGGGUCGCUGGGGUGCAGAGAAAGUGGAACUUAACUCUAGAAUCCUGGAGCUGACUGACACAGUGAAGCACCUCCGGAGCCAGAACAGUGAGAAGGAUACCAGCCUCAACACCAUGCAAAUCAGUCUCGACAGGAUGGAGACAAGGAGAGCAGAGGAUAAAGCAGAGGUGACGAUCCUCCACACAGAGAUUCAAUCCCUUCAAAAGAUUUUAUGUGAUAUUCACCAGUUGGUUGGUGGAGAAGAUGAUAGUAGUGGCUAUGAAAGUGUGUCAUCCUUACCUCUCCAUGGCUGGUCUCCUCUGAGAAGCAUUACCCUGAUGGCUGUGCAGAGUGCUCUCUCCAAGCACCAGAAACAAACACAGGACUUGCAUGGAUGUCUGGACGCUGCCCUAGAACAAGUGGCGACACUGCGUAAUCACCUGCAGGAGAGGGACACUGAGAGGAGAGAGCUGGAGCAGAAGAUUCAGGAAGCAAGGAAAGAAAGUCAGGAAGCUAAAACGGCCUUAGAGCAAAACCUCACAGACAGCAACAGAUAUCGUUGCUCAGUAGAGCUCAUCUCCAGUGAGAAGAGCAGCCUGGAGGAGCUACUGUCAGGGCUGCAGCAGGACGUGGACUCCCAGCGUGCCGAGCUCGAGGUACUUCGGGGCUCUUCACUGGAGCUCCAGAGAGAGCGGGACCUUCUGAGGCAGCAGAGGGAAGAUCUGGAGAUGCAGCUGGCACAUCAGCACACAGAGGCCCUAAGAGGGGAGAGAAGUCUGGAGGAGCUUGAAAGGAAACACUCUAAUCUGCGCAGGGAGCUUGUUUCAUUGAAGGAAGCUCUGAGUCACAACACCCUGCAAAAGGAGGUGUUGGAGAAUGAAAAGGCCAGUCUUGCUCUGGCUCUCAGCAAGAUGGAGUCCCAGAAUGCUGCACAGGAGUUAGCCCUCACCAAACUGCAGAAUCAAGAGGCUGCCCUAAAAGAUUCUCUGGCCAAAAUGGCUGCCCUGAGUGAAGGCUUAGCGAAAGACAAGGUGGAACUCAAUCGUAUUCUGCUACAGACAGAAUGUAAGAAAACAGAGCUUGGUGAACGUAGACGGGAAGCUGAAGUCGAGAGGGCAGCAGCCAGGGAGGAGACAGCACGGGUGCAGCAGGAGAUGAUGAAUCUGCUCACUGAGAAACAAGCCCUGGAGAGCUCCCACAGCCAUUUGCAGGAUCUCUGCCAGAAGGCAGAAGCAGAGCUGAGCCUGCUGCAGAAAGAAUACACUCAGGCACUGGAACAGCACUCCCAGGUAAACAGGCAGAUGCAGAGUUUGUCAGAGCAGCUGUGUGCAUGCAGGAAGGAGCUUGAGACACAGACCACAGCCCUGAAGAGAGCUACUCAUGAGAGGGAGGAGCUGGCCAACGACAAGGCUGCUAUGGAUGUCAAGUUAAAUUCUGCUUACCGAAAGGCCUGUGGUCUCACGCAGGAGCUACUUGCACUUAGAACAGAGAAGGAGUCCCUGGAGACAGCUCUGUUUGAGAGCCAGGAGCUUGCCUCGUCUCUGGAGGCCAAGUGUACCAGGAUGGAGGGGGAGAGGCGCAGCUUGCUCCUGGCUAACGAGGCCUUGACGCGUGAUGCUGAUCGCAUGCAUGUGGAUGCUGAACAUCAGUUGGCACAAGCUGCACAAGAGCAGAGUAAGUUGGAAGAAAAGCUGGCUCAAGUAGAGAGGGAUGCCUUCCUGACCAUGAAUAACAGAGAGCAAAUCCACAGAGAGCAACUAGAAGCUGACCGCCAACAAAAGGAGCAGCAGUGCGCGGAGCUCAGGGUUCAGCGGGAGCAGGCUGAGGAGCAGCUGCGUAGACAGUGUGAGUUGCUGCGUGUGCACAGCCAGCAGGAGCUGCAGCAGGUGCAAGAGGAGCUAGUCAGACUGCAGCGGGAUUGUAACCAAAGCCUCCUGCAGGCUGAGAAUGGAAAGCAGCAGGCUUUAUCCCAGAUGGAGGCAGAGAAGGCUGCCCUAAUGGAGAAGCUAGCUGGCCUGCAGAAGGACUUGGCCACAGCAGACAUGAAGUUUGAGCACAUGCAGAGGGAGGCUCUUAGCAAACACGAGCAGGAUCAGAAUGCAAUGGCUGUCCUUCAGUCUGAGCUGCAGGACUUGCAAACUCAGUUUGAAGAGUCUUUGAACUGCCAUGAGAAUGACAAGAAGAGUCUAACUGAGCAGCUCAGAGAGAUGAACCAGCAGAGAGAACAUGCACAGCAGGAGUUAGAGGGCCUUCGUCGAGAGCUGCAGGAAGCAGAGGAUGGACUUACUAAAAGGCAAAGGGAGCUGAUUGAGGCUCACAGACAGCUCCAGGAGUGUGCACAGGAUCGGGACAUCCAACGAAAAGAAGCCCUGGACCUGAAAAGGGUCUUGGGUGAUGAGACCAGAGAGAAAGAGGCCAUCCAAGUCUCUAACCAGGAGCUCAGAGCCUUAAUCAAGAGAGCAGAGUGUGACAACAGCAGCUUAAGGCGAAUUGUGGAGGAGAGAGAGCAGAAAGUGGUCGUACUAGAGGAAUGCAGGAGCUCGAUGCACCAAGAGGCAACCACUCUCCGGUGCAAUAUGAGAGAGCUGGAGAAAUCUCACCUGCAGGGACGCAGAGAGCUGCAGGAGCUGCGCAGACAGGUAAAGGUCCUUGAAGGUGAGAAUCUCCAGCAGAAACAGGAGCUGCGAGAUUUGCAGGCUCGGAUAUGUCAGGAAGAGCAGAAGGAGGAGGAGGCACGUCGCGAGGCUUUCACUGUCAAGCAGAGAGUGUUGGAGAGUGAGGCUGGCAGAGAUGCAGCACUGAAUGAGGUUGCAGGUCUGCAGCGUCGUUUAGUGGAACUGGAGACAGUGGAGCAUCAGAGUCGAGAGCUGCUGCAGGAAAAAGAGUCUCAUCAGCAGCAGAGGGAGCAGAGGCACAGACAAACCCUUUCCCAACUGGAGGAAGCACUAGAGGAUGCCAGGGUCCAGAUCAAAGAACUCUCUGUCCAGGUUGGCCUUGCUGAAAACAAGGCUCAGAGUCUAGCAGAACAACUGGGCCUGAGUGAUGCCAAACGCACGGAACUGGAGCUUAAGCUGUCAGGGUUGUAUUCAGCUUUGCGCCGCACUGUUGGCAUCAGUCGUACGUGGCUUUCAGGGACACCUGAGUCACAGAAAUUGUCUCCCUCUUCCUGGAGAAGCCACUUGCAUGUAAAAGAUGAAGAGCUGGAUGUGGACUCAGUGUAUACAGCUCUUCGGGAAUUCCAGCAGGAACUCAGGGAUGCACAAAGAGACAAGGAGGAAGCCAAGGCUCAGGUAGUCAGUCUAAGUCAGCAGGUGACAGAGCUCCAAAGCAGCCUGGAUCAGUCAGCCACCCAGCUGCUACAAUUACAGAAGUCCUUGAAGCAAUCACAGCAGGGAAAAAGAGAGAUGGCAGAACGAUUACAUGAAGCAGAUACAACUAUAUCCCGCCAGGAAGAAGCAGUGUAUUGUACAGAUAGGGAAAAGAGAAGCCUUGAAGAGGCGGUAGCUCAACUUAGGACUAGUCUGCAAGCUGCUGAGGCUGAGUCCAGGGCACUGCAAGAUAAGUUGCACCUCAUGCAGGGCCUAGAAUCUCGUGCAAAUGCAGAACAACAGAAGAUGAAGGAGUCUUUAGAAGCAGCAGAGAAUAGAGUGAGCCACCUGGAGCUUUCCCAGCGCACCCUUGAGGGUGAGCUACAGCGGGCCAAACUCAUGGCAGCAGAGCUGGAUGCAGAGGCAGGAGCUCUGCAGGAGAGAAUGACAGAGAUGAGGAGAAGGCUGGGUGAGAGUGAGGACCGAUGUGCAGCACUGAAGGUCAGUGAGGACAGGCUGACCAUGUCAUUGGCUCGAGCUGAGCAGCAUGAGAGUCAGCUCAGAGAGCAGAUCCACAAAUUGACAAACACGCUUAGUGACAACAAGGCCAACACUGGAGCCCUACAGGAGCAGAUGACACAGCUGCAGAGGGCGCUGACUGCCAGCGAGCAGGACCGAAGGCUGCUGCAGGAACGUCUGGACAACACACGAGAUGCCCUUUCAGAGAAUAAGAGACUCAGCCACACGCUAACAGAACGGGUCCAGCAUUUUCAAAGAGCCCAGGAGGACUCUGAGCUUAAAACUUCUGAGCUGGAAAAACACAACAAGACACUGAAGGAGAGUAUGAUGCAGCGGCAGGAAGCUGAACUGCAGGCACAGGGAAGCUCCCAGCAGCUGCAGAGAGAGAAGGAGGAACUCCAAGGCAAGGUCACCAAUCUCCAGAGCUCUUUGCAAAAGCUACAGAGAGAAAGAGCAGAGAUGGAGAGGGUACUGGCACGUCUUAGUAAAGAUAAGUCAGCGCUCAGGAAGGCUCUGGAGAAGGUGGAGAUGGAGAGGCUGAGGAGGGAGGAUGAGGCCAUGUCGGCAGCCAGAGAGAAGGAGCAGUUGCGACAAAAAGUCUGCAGCCUGGAGCAGGAGCUGGCUGAAAACCAGGAUGAGGUGCAGGCCCUGCAGGCCCAUGCCUCCCAGUUGGAGCAUUCUCAUGCACAGCACCUCCUGGAGGUGACAGCCCGUCAUCACCAAGAAUUGGAUUUGGAGACAGAUCGUCUGAGAGACAUUCAGCUCCAGUCAGAGCAGGCCCUGGAGACCAGGGAGAGGGCCCAUCGGCAGAGGGUCAAAUGCCUGGAGGAACAAGUGCUGACUCUAAAAGAACAGCUAGAUGAGGAGACAAGAAGACGGCACACGUAUUUCACUCAGAUGCUACAACCUGGUGUGUAGGCAGAGACUCUGCAGUGGAGUAUGCAGCACCUCUGGCCUCCUCAUUCACUGUUCCCGUGACAGCUGUCCAACAACAUUAUCUUACAAGCUACAGCCACACUUGGAAGCACAUGCGCAUGCAAACACACUCCCAAGGCUUUUGCUCCCACCCAUGCACGUGGACACUGGAUUACUUUAAUCUGCAGGGAAAACUCAACAACAACAAACAAAGAGUGUUUUGUUUUUAAGUGCACUGGAUGUGCCAAAUUGUUUUAAGGAUUUCCUCUGGCUCGCGUCAGUUGGUGUUUUUAAGUCUGUUUAUGCUGUGUCAUUUUUAGGAAACAGUGUGAUGCAAGGUUUCCGUGCUUGGUGCAUUAUUCUUCUCUUAUAAUUGUUCAUGUGCCAGUUUUGUAUGUCAUAAUCAUUGUUUGUAUAUCCUAAUGGGAAUAUACAAUAAUUGUUUACAUAUUUCAAUUGAUUUUCCUCGUCCUGUGAGUUAUUAGUGUUUCAAGCUGUCAUAAAGAUUCUAUAGUGGAAAUCAUUUAUUUUAUUAUGUCUUAUGUUUGACCCCAUCAAUAUUAGUGUGUGCAAACACUGUAGUUGUUUUUAAUAAAACUGGGUGUACCCAAGCACGGUUCAAAAGUUGA